AUGAUACGGAACAUGCACCUUGCCAGAAUUGCGAGGCCGAUGGCCAAGCGAAUGAUGAGUCUUUCCAGUUACAAUGACAACUACGUACUGGUCCUUUUACAAGACAAGUUGGUGAAGUUUGAGAAUGUUUUCCUUCGUGACGCUUGUACAUCCCCAGAAAGCGUUGACCCAUUCUCCCGCCAAAAACUGUUCUCCACGGCGGAAAUUGUUGACGGACUCACCAUUAAGGACACCCCUCAGGUCGUCAAGAAUGCCAAUGGCGAAGAUGUGUUGCACAUCACGUGGAACCAGCACGGCAACGACCACAAACUGGAAUACCCCGAACUGUUCCUUGUCAAGUACAGCACCAAGGCUAACCGUCGAGCCGACAAAUUCUUCGGAUCUGAACAAAUCCACUGGGACAACAAAGCCCUCAACAAAGGAUUGGACGAGUUGAACUCGACUUAUACCGACUACAUGAAUCCUGACUCCAAAGAGUUCAACAGAGUGGUCGACGUAUUGAACAAAUACGGUUUAGCAUUCAUCCAUGAUUGUCCUGAGCCUAUCCACGAAGACAUGACGGAGGAGAAUACCAAAGACUGGCCUGUAGCUCACUUAGCUGAGCGGUUCGGUUACAUCAAGAAGACGUUCUACGGCACUCUCUUUGACGUGAAGAACAAAAAAGAGGCCGAAAACAUUGCAUACACCAAGGUUUUUUUACCCUUACACAUGGAUUUGUUGUAUUACGAACUGCCCCCUGGCCUUCAACUUUUACACGCCCUUAAGAAUUCGACAUUGGGAGGGGAAAACAUCUUCUGCGAUUCAUACCUUGCAGCUCAGCAUAUCAGAGAUACUGACCCUAAUGCCUUCUAUGCCUUAACUCAAGUUCCCAUCUCUUAUCACUACGAUAACAAUGGCGAAUACUAUUACUUUGAACGCCCUUUGAUUGUUGAGGAGGAAGGUUACCUUGAAUCCAAAACUUACAGACCCAAGAUCAAGGAAGUCAAUUACGCUCCACCUUUCCAAGGGCCAUUUGAGACGGGCAUCAGCGAAAUCUUAGCUCGCGGUAACAACCAGGAAGUUGGCUCGGGGUCAAACCACGCCCUGGCAUCCCAUUAUUUAUUGAAAGACUUUUUAAGGGGCUACAAAAUGUUUGAGGAUUUCGUGAAUGAUCCGAUAAACAACUACCAAAUCAAGUUACCUGAGGGCACAACUGUCAUCUUUGAUAACCGCCGGGUUCUCCACUCUAGAAAUGAGUUUUCUGACGAAAACGGCGGCGACAGAUGGUUAAUGGGUGCUUACUGUGACGGCGAUUCGUUCAGACUGAAAUUAAGAAUUGCUAAGCGCCAGCUCAAGUAA